UGUUUACAGCUGGUCUAGAAACAGUUUCUUUGUUUAACUGAAAGUGUUUGAGGUAGCGGUUUUGGCGGGAAGAGCUGGUCGUAGAUCAGCUUUUCAAUAAUAUCCGGGACCCGCGUGUGAGUCAGCUGAUAGUAUUAGGUGUGUUUCAAUAUCUUUCCUCAGUACAGUACUCUGUAUUGAUCUAGUUGCAAUUAGAUUAGGUGAUUUAACAAUAGUCUAAAAACAACCGGUAAGAACUGGUAUUUGGUUUGAAAAAUGGCAGCACACCCGCCAAAGACAAAGAUUCUGAUAAGUGCAAAUAAAAGGUUGCAAAACCUGAAAGAGGCCUUCGAGAAAAAGUAUGGAGAAGCUCCUCUCUUUUAUGCACGAGCUCCUGGAAGAGUCAAUCUAAUAGGAGAACACAUUGACUACUGUGGGUAUGCUGUGCUCCCAAUGGCUAUUGAGCAGAGCAUUCUUGCUGCUGUCACUGUCAAUGAUUCCAAGAAAAUACACCUGGCCAACACAGAACCUAAAUACAAGGACUUCACAGUCUCUUCAGAAGACAUUGAGAUUGACAAGGACAAUCCUCAGUGGUAUUAUUACUUUCUCUGUGGGGUGAAAGGGAUUCAGGAGCACCUAGGGAAUGUUCCUCUGUCUGGGAUGAAGUGUGUUGUGGACGGAACCAUCCCGGCUAGCUCCGGCCUGUCCAGCUCCAGUGCCCUGGUCUGCUGUGCUGGGCUCCUCACCGUGGAGGCUAACCACAAGUCCCUCAACAAGGUGGCGCUGGCGGAGAUUUCAGCCAAGUGUGAGCGCUACAUUGGCACUGAGGGCGGGGGCAUGGACCAGUCCAUUUCAUUCCUGGCAGAGGAAGGAACUGCCAAGCUGAUUGAGUUCCACCCCUUGCGGGCGUCUGACGUGCGUCUCCCUGAGGGAGCAGUGUUCGUCAUCUCUAACUGCUGCGUUGAGAUGAACAAGGCUGCUACCUCUCACUUCAACAUCAGGGUGGUCGAGUGCCGCAUAGCCACCAAGAUGCUGGCGAAGGCGCGGGGGCUGGAGUGGGGCCGGCUGCUGAAGCUGUCCCAGGUGCAGACAGAGCUGGAGGCCUCUCUGGAGGAGAUGCUGCGGCUGGUGGCUGAGGUUCUGCACCCUGAGCCCUACAGCAGAGAGGAGGUCUGCAAGGCUCUGGGAAUCACCACAGAACAGCUCUGUACAGACCUCCUUAGCGCCAACACACAGCACGUGACCCAGUUCAAGCUGUACCAGCGGGCCAGGCAUGUAUACGGCGAGGCGGCACGGGUGCUGCGGUUCAAGAGCGUGUGUGAUGAGGCUCCCUCCGCCCCGAACGCCGUACAGCGUCUAGGAGACCUGAUGAAGCAGAGCCAUGCUAGCUGCAGAGACCUGUACGAGUGCAGCUGUCCAGAACUGGACCGGCUGGUGGAGAUAUGUCUGCAGUCUGGCGCUGUGGGAUCCCGGCUGACCGGAGCAGGCUGGGGAGGCUGCGCUGUCUCCAUGGUCCCCACUGACAAGGUGGAGUCUUUCCUAAAGAGCGUCAGAGAGUUGUACUACACCCCAGACCCACGUAGAGCAGAGCUAGAGAAACACAGUCUGUUUGUCUCCAAGCCUGGUGGAGGGGCGGCCAUCUUCCUUGAAGAGUGAAAUCAAAGAUGCUUCUCUUUACAAUUUUGAGAUGAAAUGUCUUUCUUCCGGUUUCACCUUUUUUCAAUGUGUUUUUGUUUUUAUACUGUUAUUUUAGUCAUGACUCUAAAAUUCUCUUUGCCAAAAUGUUGAUGAUUCUGGAAUUUCAAGGGCAAUGAUAAUCAAAACUAGCCUGGUCCCAGAUAUGUUUGUCCUCUUGCCAACUUAAUUGCUUCAUUUUCAAGCCAAACAUGACAAGGAGUUGGCGUGAUAGCACAAAAAGACUGCCACUAUUUAAUAGGGGCGAAGAUUAAGACGGUUAUAACUAGGAACUCCGGUUAUAACUAGUGUUAAAACGAAUGAUUCAAGGACAACUUCUUUACAAGAAAGGGGACUUUUCUUUAUACUGUGAGUGUAAUGAUUUCAGUUAGUAAGGGACAGUGCUAUAUAUAAGUCCAGUGAUUUUUCCACACAGUGCAGUACAUUCCUUCCAUUGCUGUGUGUUGUAUGUUUGGAGGAACUAAGGAGUAAACGGAUUUUGUUUACAUUGUC